GAUAAUGCACUUUUUAUAGCGCAUUAUAAUUGAUGUAUAAUAAAUAAUAAGUAAAAAAAAGUUCUCUAUUAUCCCAAAUUAUCAAUUAAAAUUUUUGUUGCGUUAAAAUUUUCACAAUUUACCUAAUUUAACCUACAACUUUUAUAAACAUGUUUUUAUCAAGAAUAGUUGGUCAUGCAAUUGAAAUUAUAGCACCACAUAUUAAAUCUAAAGAAGAAGAAUUACAAGAAGAAUGGAAAUCUAUAAAAAAAUAUUUUAAUAGUAUUUCCACAACAAAGUCCAAAGAGCAAAGUAAAUUUGUUGAUAUAAACUCAACAAAAAUACCAGGAAAUUUAGAAAAUAUUAUUAGAUUUAUUAAAGAAGAAGAAAUACGAAUUAGAAUUAACCAUAGUUCAAUUUCAAGUUAUUAUAUACCAUUUGACGAAAAUAAAGUUCAAAGAAAAUGUAUCGAAUUUAUAUUAGAUAACAAUGUAUUAAAAGAUUUAAUUGGAUACGCUAAUAAUGAUAUACCAAAAGGAAUGCUGGUUCAAGUAUUGAAAUUUUUUAUGCAUUUCACGCAAAAUAUUCCACCGAAAUUAUUAUUUGCACCAGAAGUAUAUUUAUAUAUACAAAGAUUAAUACUAUUAUCAUAUGAGUUAGAUGUGGAAGACAAUUAUUACCUUAAACAAGGAUUAGUUAAAUUAAUUCACGUUGUUUGUAGACAAAUGACGAAUCAACCAAAAUUGAUUGAUUUUUAUUUUGAAAGGUCUAAAGGCACUGAUUUUCCAAUAUUUUCAAUGUUAUUAGAUUAUAUAAAUAUAAUGGGACAAACAGGUAAAGUAUCAAGAGAAGCGUUAUAUUUAAUAAUGAAUAUGUUGAAAGAUGAUAUAGAUUUUCUCAAUUAUUUAAUCAAAGAAUCUAAAUUUUUCGAAACAUUGGAGAAGAGACUACAGAUAGCAUUUGCAACAUUACCAAAUAACAACACAUUAAUGAUAAGUGAAUCAAAUGGAAAUUAUAAUAAUGGUGACGAUGAUUGUGAUACGAAUUCAUCUUCAACGAUAAGAUUUAAUAAAAAACGUACGCCAUCUGAAGUGUUACAAUAUAUAAAUAAACCUGAAAUUGCAGUCGAAGAAUUUUUUGAAUUUUGGCAAUUUAUCAAUAAGGUUGCGGAAAUUAAUAACCCAAUAUUGAUGUUACAAUUUUUAGAUAGGUUAAUAAAUGGAUUUAUAAAAUGUUCAGUUAUACCAGCAUUAUUAAGUCCAUUAGAUGAACAAGCAACCGCAGCAACAACUUAUGUAAAUGAAUUAAUCAAGUACAUUAAAGUUCAUCAAAUACUUGAUUCUGUAUUCAACAUUUUAUUAGGAGAUUCAUUGGAACCUGAGUGUGUUCCUCAGAAUAUCCCUCAGAAUAUCCCUCAGAAUGUUUCUCAAGAAAAAUCGGGAGAAGGAACGAUAACAAAAGUUGCUUCUAUAAGAGAAAUUCUUAUAGGGAGAUGUAGUAAUGCAGAAGAUAGAUUAAGCUUAUCUACGUUAAGAUUAUUUGAUAGUAUCUUGGAAACAUUUAAUCAAUUUGCAUUGUACAAUUUAGUAUUGAGAAAUCUCACUCACAUGAAUCAUACCUUUUUUAGUAAUACUACUUCUUCUAGUAGCAGUAUUUCUGCAACGACAAAUAAUACGAUAAUGGGUAAUAAAAACCCUAGAGUAUUACUGAGAAAAUUAUUAUCAUUAAUGCCGCUGGAUGAUAAUAAAGUAGGAUCGGAUAUUUCAGUGGUAGUAGAAUCGACUGAUAAAGCAAAUGACAAUGGAUUUGGUUAUGAAGAUUAUUUUUUAGAUGCACAAAGACGAGUACAAAUAGUUGCUUUAGCAUGUAGUCAUUGGACUAACCCUUAUCCUUUACCUAAUAUUAGCACUACCACUACUAAUUCGUUUAGCAAUUUUACUGGUAAAGAAAACAAUGACAUUUAUAAUACCGAAAAUAACAUUAAUAAUGAUAUUCAUGUAUUUUAUGAAGGAACAUUUAUUAGUAUGAUAUUUGAACAAUUAGAAAACUUUCUUCAAGUUUCAUUAGAAAGAAAUUUAGUGUUGACUAGUAUAAUAAGUAAAUUAGCAUGUAUACUAGACGAAAAAAUUGAUUUGUUAUUAUAUGCUAACUUCGAUUUUGAUAACAAGAAUUCCUCAUCAACUGAUAAUGUUAACACUCGUAAAAGUUUAAUUAGUGUAUUAGAGAAGAUAGCAAGUGAAGCAAAAAUUGGUGCUUCAAAAGUACCAAAUUUUCCAACUCGUAUACAAUUGGUUAAACGUAGGGGCAUGAGUAGAUCGUCUUACGGUUCAAGGAAUUCUUCUGAUAUUAAUAAUCAUAGUCCCUUAUCACCUCGUUUAAUCGAUCCAAGUUCACCUGAUUUACCCGUUUCUCCUUCAAUGUAUAAGGAUACGCAUAUUAACCCUUUUGCAAAAUUUACUAAUUUCGUUAAUGCGUUUAUUAUAUUACAAGAAUUUUGUAAAGAAUUGGCAGCUAUUAUAUUUGUUAAAUAUAUGGAUUUAGAUCAAGGUGUUAUGAUUGUUGAAGAGGAGGAGGAAUCACAAGGAGGUCAUAACAAUAAUGUUUGUAGUAAUGGCAAUAUUUCUACCGACAAUAUGACCGAAAAGGAUAUUAUAAUAAUGAGAAAUAUGGAAAAAUUCGCUAGAUUAAUUGCUUUAAUUGAAAGACAGCAAGAAAGAAAUUCUUCAAAAGAUGGUAAUGAGCAUCGUGGCAGAAAAAGAAGUAAUACGAUUGGUGAUGUGAAUGAAGGUACCAAUAUUGAUAACAAUGCUCCCAUUAUUAGACAAUGGAGCCUAAGAGAAAGGAGAGAGAGAAGAAUGACUUAUAGUACCACUUCUCCAAGUACAUUAACUACUCCAUUAAAAAUUAUUACUGAUGUCAAUAGUAGUAAUACUACUUCUCCAACUUCUCCAACCGUUGGCUUGAUUAGAAAAGGCUCUUUAUCUAGAAUGAAAGGUUUGACUAAAAAAAGUUCUUUAGAAAAAUAAGAUUAACUGUAUUAUUUAUAAAUAAGUAAGGUUUUUUUUUAUUAAACAAUUCACUGUGUAAAUUCAAUAAUAAAUCACAACUUUGCAAUGCUGCUGAGCUUUUUGAUAU